AUGGAAAUAGGCUUCAAGGUAAGAAAAGGCAAGGUACAAAGGUUGGCAUAUAAAUCCCUUACAAAAAGAUACUUUUACUGUUCAAAGGAAGGGUUUCGAUCAAAGAAGCAACCAACCAAUACGAAAAAGUUUACGAGAAAAGAAACCAGAACAGGUUGCAAGGCCAUGAUCCAAAUUACAUUAAAAAAUGAGGAGUGUUCGAUCUCCCACUUUAUAUCUGAGCAUAAUCAUGAUCUACAAGGUUCAACUCAAUGGUAUUACAUAGAUUCGUGCUCUAAAGUCCCAGAAGCUGAUUCACUUAUUCAACCUACAUGUGAAAUCGAGGCGGCAAAAGAGGCUGAAGCUGGUGCAUAUGCAAGAUUUUGUGAUAUGAGUCAUAGUAAACACUUGCGUGCUAAGAAAAGCAAUAUUCUACAACCCGAAGAUGCUCAGGGGUUGAUAGAUUACCUAAAAAAAUUGCAAGUGGAGGAUCUAUCAUUAUUCUACACAUUUCAAGUUGAUGCUGAAUGUCACAUGACAAAUUUCUUUUGGAGGGACAGCAGGUCAAAGAUUGACUACUACCAUUUUGGUGAUGUUCUUAUUUUGGACACAACAUUUAAGAUGGACCGGUAUAACAUGAUAUGUGCACCAUUUUUGGGACUUAAUCAUCAUCAACGACACGUCUUAUUUGGUUGUGCUUUCUUGCUUGAUGAAUCCGUGGAGUCAUUUACUUGGUUGCUUGGGACUUUUAUGGAAGCUAUGGGCAGGCGUCAACCAAAAACAAUUUUUACUACCGAGUGUCCAGCAAUAUCUGAGGCCGUAGAGGAGACACUGCCAAAAUCACAACAUCUCCUUUGUAAGCAACUUGUUUGCCAAAAUGCCAAACAAAAUCUUUCGAUGUAUUAUGGGCACCCUGGAUUUGAAAGGGACUUCUACUGUUGCCUUUUUGAUUAUCAAUCAGAAGGAGAAUUUCAGUCAUCUUGGAGUUCUCUAUUGGAGCAAUACAAUCUUCGUGAAAACCCAUGGCUUCAAAAUAUACAAAUUUUACGCUCAAAAUGGUCUUAUUUAUUCUGUAAGAUGACCUUCUGUGCUGGCAUUAACUCAAACCAAGGCCUUGAAUGUAAUGCUAAUGUUUUCCAGAAUGCAAAAAGUGAGGCAAUGAUGUUAUGGGAGUACGUUCUGAAAUAUGAAAAAGCAGCAGAGCAUCAGCGUAGAGAAGAACUACAUGAAGAUUUUUGCUGCAGUGCUAGUGAGCCAGAGUUGUUUUUAAGCAGUCGGAUGGAGAAGCAGGCAGCGAGUGUAUAUACUCCCACAAUGUUCAAUAUAUUUAGGUUGGAGUUAAUUAAAUCUAUGUCAGUCCCAUUAAAACGUAUGGCAAAAACAGGUUCAAUUGUUACAUACAAGACAAAAGGCGAAAAUACAGAGAGCUCUGUAGAAUUUAAUUCCCAAGAUUCCACAAUUACAUGCAGUUGCAAAAAGUUUGAAUCAGUAGGCAUUUUAUGCGCUCAUGCUCUGAAGGUACUUAACAUAAGGAAUAUCUUUCAAAUAGCUCCACAAUAUAUUCUGAAGAGGUGGACAAAAUCUGCAAAGAAUGGAGUGGUGGAAGGUGAUUAUAAUGAUGAAGAAAUUGCAGACAACAGUGAAAGUUUGUGCAGGAGUAAAUUUAUGCACAAAGCUUUAAAUUUCAUUACUAAAAGUGUAGCAGUAAAGAAGACCCGGAAGAUAGCUGAGCGUUACCUAGAUAAUGCGCUGAACGAGGUUAACGAUGAAUUGAAGAAAGGUAAUGAACAUCGUAACACAAAAGAUGCUGAAGUUAACCAUGAAGGUGUUAAAAAUACGAGUAGUGUUGCUUGUGUGGACUGGCAAGAGAAAGUGGAAAAGGAUCUAUAUCUCAAUCAAGGGGAAACAUCAAAGGGGACAAUGGAAUUUCAAAUACAGAAGAAACGCAAAAAUGAAGUGAGAGAGAAGAUAAACCCGCCAUCAUCCAGCAUGAGCCUUCCAUAG